ACACAGGUUGUUUGCUUUUUAGUAGCUUUAGAGGUAUCCUGUAGGUUGGAGGGCACCUGCUCCUCGUCUCUGCAUGACUUCGCUCGACUCCGACUUUCUCCUGUUGGUGCGACACCCCCCAGUCCUCAGAAGUGACUUUCCUAUCUGGACAAAGACCGACAAUGAGGCUGAUCUGCUGCUGCAGCGUUGUGUUCCUGCUCCAUCUGAUUCCCAAAGCCUGUGAAGGUGGGAAUAUCCUGGUGGUUCCGACCGAAGGCAGCCACUGGAUAAACAUGGAGGUCCUUCUUAAGGCGUUGCACUCCAGAGGACACAACAUAACUGUUGCACGUUCCAGCAAAAGCUGGUUCAUCAAGGAAAACUCCUCCUACAACACCCUCACCGUUCCUGUGGAAAAGAGUUUGGAUAAAAAGUUGGUGACUAAACUUCUCAGUGAGUUCAUCGAGUUUCAAAGGGGAGCUCUACCCUUCAUCAGCUUUCUCCACAUGACUGUAGGAAUGGUGAGCACGCUCGCUGAGGUUCACAGAGAUGUGAGUGAACUAGUCUCAUCCUUGCUUGGUGAUCCAAAGCUGGUGAGAACGUUAAACGAGAGCAAGUUUGACCUGGUUCUUACUGACCCCUGCUGGGGCAACGGAGUUAUUGUAGCCAAGUAUCUGAAUCUACCCCUGGUUUAUAACGUUCGCUGGUUAAUACCAGAAGAUGCUCAUUUUGCCCUCGCUCCUUCACCGCUGUCGUACGUUCCUGUCGUAGGAACUAGCUCAACGGACAAGAUGACCUUCUUUCAAAGAGUUAAGAACGUGUUUUUGUACGAAGUCACCCAAUUACAAACGUUCACAGCGAUCAGACAAGUCUACCAGCCUUUAUGUGACAAAUAUCUUGGGCCUGAUCACGACUUUGAUCACAUGAUGAAAGAUGCAGACAUCUGGCUGAUGAGAACCGAUUUUGUGUUCGACUUUCCUCGUCCCACAAUGCCUAAUGUUGUGUACAUGGGGGGCUUCCACUGUAAAGAUCCAGAACCACUUCCUGAGCACUUGGAGGAGUUUGUCCAGAGUUCUGGAGAACAUGGGUUCAUCAUCAUGUCCCUGGGAAGCUUUGUGAGUCAGCUUCCUGAUGACGUGGCUGACGAGGUCGCCGCAGCCUUCGCUAAACUGCCUCAGAAAGUCAUCUGGACCUACAAAGGUAACAGACCCACCACUCUGGGAAACAACACUCUCCUGGUUGACUGGAUGCCACAAAAAGACCUUUUAGCACACCCGAAAAUAAAACUGUUCGUAGCUCAAGGUGAAACGAAUGGAGUCCAAGAGGCCAUCUGUCAUGGCGUCCCAGUGGUGGGUUUACCGCUGUUUUUUGACCAAUACGACAAUCUGAUCCGCCUGGAAGACCGAGGAGGAGCCAAAAUUCUUUCACUGAGUACCGCAGACAAAGAUGACAACUUCUUUAAAACUCUACAGGAAGUCCUGAACGAGCCGUCCUACAGGACCAACAUGCAGAGACUCUCCAGGCUGCACAGAGACCAACCGAUGAAGCCGAUAGACACCGCCCUCUUCUGGAUCGAGUUUGUCAUGAGGCAUAAAGGAGCUGCUCACCUGAAAGCCCAAUCCUACAAAAUGCCCUGGUACAUCUACCACUCUGUAGAUGUAGUCCUCUUCCUGACCGCAGUAGCUCUGCUCGUGGUUUUUACUCUCAUCCUGUUCAUCAGGUGUUUCUGUAGCGCCGUGUGCAGACGCAAAGUAAAGCGUGAAUAAUGAGAGGGUUUCCCACGGUGGCGGUAGUUGGCUUUAACGUUCUGAACAUGGCCGUGUUAUUUAUUCACACGUUUGUUAUUUAAAGCUGUUAUACAGAUUGCAGCCAUGCACGUGCCCCUCGGUGGCUUUAGGCAGAACCUGCUGCAGCUCACAGGAAGACUCGGACAGCUUGCCUUCUGUUGUUUGGGAGUUCAUUUGCUUUAAACAGAUAAAUGGCCUCCUUUAUAAAACUUUUAAAGAGCAGAUGGCUCUACAGAUCAUUAUUACAUUCAUUCUCCAACAGUUCUGACUGUCAGCCUUUUUCCAAGUUCAGCAAACAUUAGUGAGGGCGUAGCCUGCCUUAUGAAGGAGCCACCCACACACACCUGCUGGUGAUCUAAUCAGUCGUGCUGCUGCACCUGAGUGAAGAAACUCAAUAAAUACUCAACUCUAAACUUAAAUUGGUUUGUUUUUGCAUAAGAAAGUUUUCUGUUUUUCCUUAAAUGACUGAAUGGACUUGUGAUGAUGUCAUUUUCUUUUCUGCUUGUUUUUUUUUUACUUCUAGCGGCGUCAGAACGGAGCGUCUUUUCCUUUUAAAAAUGUUUAAUUUGCCUGAAAAUGUACAUUUUUUUAUUAUUUUUUUCUUUUUCCAGACAAACAGCAAAAGCUUCACAACAACAUGGCAACUUGACACAAAUAUUAAUAAAAAAAUGAACAGUAAAUAAACACAAGCAUGGCGGAGCUACUUUUCUGUAUUUCUGUGUUUUAGAGUCAAACACGAGGCGGGCCGACAGCAAGCUAAAGCUCUCCUGAGCCAAGAGCCGCAAAUGAAGGACGCCAUUAAAACAAUGCUGCUUUAAAUCAGCUGUAAACACGUGUUUAUUUAUACACGCAGCAGCUGACACCUAACGAGCUCUUGCAACUUUUGCAGGUGGAAACGUUUUCAGGUUGUUUUCCUUUGUUACCUGAAACACGUUUAGUUGUGAGACUGAACUGCCCCACAUGAAAUAAACACUAAAUAAAACAUGA